GCGAGCCAGGGGAGAGAGGCAGCAUCGGUCCCGCGCCAACUGGCCAGUCUGGCUGGCCGCAGCCCUAGUGGCUAGUGCAGUACCGCCUCCGGGACCGCGACCCGGGGGAAUUGGUUCCACUUCCACCCAUCCCCGUGUGUUUCCGAUUCCCCCCGUUCGGGAGCAGAGCAUCCGCGCGCGAUGGCCAAAGAUGGUGGCUUCGCCAAGGCGCUGCUGCUCCACGUCGCCGCGCUGUCGACGGCCGGCGCCUUCGCGGCCGCCGCUGCCGCCCUGGCGCGGCGCCGGCUGUGGGGAGGAGACAGGCGGAAGAAGCAGCUGCCGGCGCCGGCCAUGGCCGAGAUGCCCCGGCUCCAGCUGGCGGAGUCCGGCCGCCUGGAGUACCUCGAGAAGUUCUCGCACUACGUGGCUAGGCAGCUGGGUUUCCAGGACGUGAGCGAGUGCCCACAGCUCUGCAGGCUGGCGAACAACUACCUCAGCAGCAGCAAGACAUGCAUGGAGGACAUCUACGGGUUCUUCGCCGGCGCCAAGGACGACGCCGCCGAGUGCCUGCUUUAUGUCAAGCUCAUAGAGGAGCUGGACAGAUGCAUCCUCGGAUAUUUUGCGUUCCACUGGGACCAUGCCACCUACCUCAUCACCUCGGCCUUGACCGCGGACACCGGCAGCAAAAGGAAGCUCAGGAACAUGGUCUUGGAAGCAACAAGGAAGCAGCGUUUCGAGCGCGUGACGCGUGACCUGAAGGUGACGCGGGUGUUCUCGACGCUGGUGGAGGAGAUGAAGGCGAUCGGCAUCAUAGCGGCGGGCGGCGAGGCGUCGCAGUGCACGGACGUGAUGGCCCCCGUGGCGCACUCGGAGCGCAGCCCGGUGCUGCUGCUGAUGGGCGGCGGGAUGGGCGCCGGCAAGAGCACGGUGCUCAAGGAGCUGAAGCAGGAGGCGUUCUGGACCAACGCGGAGGCCAACGCCGUGGUGGUGGAGGCGGACGCGUUCAAGGAGGCGGACGUCAUCUACCGCGCCAUCAGCUCCAUGGGCCACCACAACGACAUGCUCCAGACGGCAGAGCUGGUCCACCAGUCGUCGACGGACGCGGCGUCGUCGCUGCUGGUGACGGCGCUGAACGAGGGGCGGGACGUCAUCCUGGACGGCACGCUGUCCUGGGAGCCCUUCGUGGAGCAGACCAUCGCCAUGGCGCGCGCCGUGCACCGCCAGCGCUACCGCAUGGGCGUCGGCUACAAGGUGGCCGACGACGGCACCGUCACCGAGAACUACUGGGAGCCCGCGAGCGACGACGCCACCGAGCAACCCCCGCGGAGGCCCUACCGCAUCGAGGUGGUCGGGGUCGUCUGCGACGCCUACCUCGCCGUGGCGAGGGGCAUCCGGAGGGCCAUCAUCACCCGGCGGGCCGUCAGGGUCAGGUCCCAGCUGCAGUCGCACAAGCGCUUCGCCGCCGCGUUCCAGCGGUACAGCCGCCUCGUGGACGGCGCCAGGCUCUACAGCACCAACUCCAUGGGCUCCGCCAAGCUCAUCGCGUGGAAGGACGGGAUCGGAAACAGCCUGCUGGUGGAGCCCCGGGAGUUCGACUGCCUGGAGAAGGUGAGCGGGCUCAACGAGCACGCCACCUCCGUCCACGACCUCUACCCCGACGGCACCACCACCUGCGGAUCGCGCUCCAUCUGGGAGGACAUGAUCGUCUCCACGGCCCGUGCCGACACCCAGCGCGAGCUCAGGGAGGCCAUCCGCUCCGUCGAGUCCGGCGGCGGGCAGCCGGACACACCACCAACAACGCCCCAGCGCGAGCUCCUGGGCUUCAUCCGCUCCCUGGAGGCCGCCAACGCCGAGCCAGCUGCAGUUGACAAUGGUCUCUAAAUUUUAAACCAUAAGAUUUAAGAAUCGAAUCAGAUAAUCGGACCAUAUUUCUAUUUAUUUUUGAAACCAACAUUUAAUUGAGACUAUUUUAUUUU